GUCGUUCACAUUUCGCAACGAGUCAAAACUUUAACAAAGUUUUGAAGGCAUUAAACACUAUAGCACCACAAAUGAUGGUCAAGCCGGGAUUUGCCGUGCCUUCUAAAAUAAGAGGCAACACAAGAUUUUACCCCUACUUUAAGGAUUGUAUUGGUGCCAUUGAUGGCACUCAUAUUCCUGCAAUUGUAAAAGGUCGUCAAGUAAGUAGUUAUCGUAAUCGUCAUGGCAUUCAGUCCCAAAAUGUUUUAGCAGCUUGCAACUUUGAUUUGGAAUUCAUAUAUGUGCUUAGUGGGUGGGAAGGAUCAGCACAUGAUUCAAAAAUGCUAAACGAUGCAUUAUGUAGAAGAAAUGGACUUGAAGUGCCUCAAGGAAAAUAUUUUUUGGUUGACUGUGGAUUUGCGAAUCGACGACAAUUUUUAGCACCAUUGCGAGGUGUUCGGUAUCAUCUCAAAGAUUUUGGAGGUCAGGGCCGUCACCCCCGAAAUGCAAAUGAGUUGUUCAAUCUUCGUCAUGCAUCGUUGAGAAAUGUUAUUGAGAGGAUAUUUGGUAUCUUUAAAUCACGUUUCACCAUUUUCAAAACUGCACCUCCCUUUCCAUUUCAAACACAAGCAGAGCUAGUGUUAGCUUGUGCAGGAAUACACAACUUUCUUCGUAAAGAGUGUCGUUCUGAUGAAUUUACUCCUGAACCAGAACUUGAGUCAUCUUCUUCAACAUAUCUUGACAUGGAGGAAGAAAAUUCUGAAAUACUUUCUCAAACUCAACAACAACAAAGAGCAGAAGCUAACGCUUGGAGACAUGGCAUUGCUGAAGCUAUGUGGGCCGAUAGACCACAAAAUGAUGUUAAUGAGGAGAAUGAAGAAGGUUUUGGUGAUAAUGAAGUUGAAAUGGAAGACUAUGUUGUUUAGUAAUUUUAUUUUUCAAUUAUCUUUUAAAAUUUUGAAUAAUGUCUUCUUUUGAGUUGUCUUUAGCAUUUCAUUAUUGAUGAGUUUUGACAUAAAAGAAGAAUAGCGGAGAGAUAAUAACAAUUUUAGAUGCAAAAUAAAUAUUUUAUUACAAAAAGGAUAAUUUUCAUUCUAAUAAAUAUAUUACAAAAAU